AUGGAGUCCAGACUUGACUACCAGGAUAUGCAGGACUCCCAAAGUGGAGGCACACGUCGUUACCUCUCAAACCGCGAUGGCGACGAUAUGAGAAGCCCGGCUGUCCGCAAAGUCCUGUUUGAGCAGCUUGAUGCGCAAUUGAAAGCUUAUGAUGAUUUGCUGUCUCGCUCCGCAGCCUUGUAUCAGUACCAGAAGCCAGAUGAAGAGGAUCGCUCUAGCAUUGCAAAUUUAAUCCACAACGACGGGAGCCUCGCUCAAAGGGACAGGAGCUGGAUCAGGAAGAUCGAUGACCUGAUCGUCCUUGGUGGCGAACAGAACUCCUCCUGGGUCCACGGGCUCGUCAGCCAUCUCUUCACGUGGACCAGUAGGUCCUUGGUCCGAUGUUUGCUGCGCAGCAAAAUCCAGGACAGGAAACUGGAAGGUUCCUCGAUGCAUGUGGAGCUGUAUGAGAGAAAGCGGUUCAACCGCGUUGUCGGGUUCCUGUACACAAUCGCCAUCGCAGCCUUGAUUAUGGGACCAGUAUUGGUCCUCUAUCGGCUGCGGCACCUGGAUGGGUACGCGCAGAACUUGUUGGCAUUUGCGUUCACAACCAUCUUUGCCUUGCUUUGUUCCACGGCCACUGCUGCGAAACAACACGAGAUAUUUGCUGUUACGGCGGCAUAUUGCGCAGUACUGGUAGUGUUUACCAACCAAAACACAAAUGGCAACGGACAAACGUCGAUAGCGAUCCCACAGGCGUCUUCGUGA